UUCACUGGUUCAAUUAACGGUCCGGGUUUUAAAACAUUGGUUAAAGGUUGUUAGCUGUCCUAUUUGUACCCAACGGAUUGGUUGGGAAAGUGAGAAAGGAAAUUACAGAAAUCAGUCUUCUUCUUUCUUUUUUUUCUCUCUCAACCCUUUUCCCUCUCAACUCAUUCUUCUCUGCAAUCCCCCUCUUCCUCUCUCUUAUCCCCCCAAAUUCAAUUUCUGAGCUUAUGCAGUCCGGAUCCUGACAAAUUUCUCGGUCUCGUUAGCAGUCACACGGUAGCAGUCCUUUGCAAAACGAAGCCAAAGCUGCCGCUGAGGCCACACAAUCCACGCCGCCUCGUCCACUUCUUCUUUAUUAACUUUCUCUUUUCUCCUUCGCAGGAUUUAAUUUUGGACUAGAUGGCAGCAGGAUUCAAGCAAUUGCAGUCUAAGACACUUUUUCUUCCACCUCCUUUACUAUCAGUGCGGUCUCUUUCUUCCUCUUGUGCUGCUCCCAGAAUCAUCGACUACAAUAAUAUAGCUACCGAUUCUCAAUUCAGAAAUGCCAAGAUCCCAAGAUUUGGGCCGCCUGAUGCACCCACAAAGGGGUCCAGAAAUGGAGGGAGGAACAAAGAAAUCCCAAGAUUCCGACUCUCAAAUAGGUCCAAAAGAGGUCCAAAUCUCGAUUCUCCUGAUUCGGAGUUGCUUCCCAUGCAAAGAGGGAUUAAAAGAAGAAUUAGAGAGGAUUAUUUGGGCGGGGUGGAUGACGACGGCGGUGUUGUAAAUUUGGACAGAGGAAGGGUGUUGAGAUGGUACUCGGAAACCUUUCGGUAUUGUGCUGUAAAUUUAUGCUUGAAUGAGGGUAAAGCUUGUCACGCAAAUUUGAUCAAGAUUGGGAUUGACCCUGACAGUCAUUUAUUUGUUUCGUUAAUUAACUUUUAUGCUAAGUGUGGAGCUUUGAGCUUUGCGCGUAGGGUGUUAGAUGAGAUGCCUGAGAAAGAUGUAGUGUCGUGGACUGCUUUGAUUUCGGGGUUUGCAGCUGAAGGGCUUGGCCAAGAAGGUGUUGAGUUAUUUUGUGAGAUGAGGAGGGAAGGCAUAAGACCUAAUGAGUUCACGUUGGCAACAGUUUUAAGAGCUUGUUCCAUGGUCUCUGGUUUAGAAUUCGGGAAACAGUUGCAUGCUGAGGUUGUUAAAGGGGAGGCAUUUACAGAUGUUUAUGUUGGUUCUGCUUUAGUUGAUCUUUAUGCUAAGUGUGGUGAAAUGGAAUAUGCAGAUAAAGUAUUUUUCGUCAUGCCGGAGCAGAAUGCUGUAUCAUGGAAUGUUUUGCUUAAUGGGUAUGCCCAACUGGGUGAUGGACAUAAACUUUUGAUUUUGUUCUGUAAAAUGACAGAGUCUGAUAUGAGGUUCAGUAACUAUACCUUGUCAACUGUUCUGAAGGGAUGUGCAAGUUCGCGGAGUUUGCAGGCAGGCCAGGUUGUUCAUUCAAUGGCAAUCAAGAUCGGGAGUGCCUUUGAUGAUUUUAUUAGUUGUGGUCUAGUCGAUAUGUAUUCCAAAUGUGAGUUGGCAAAUGAUGCACUGCAAGUAUUUAAGAUGAUCAGGGACCCUGAUAUUGUGACUUGGAGUACGAUGAUAAGUGGCCUUGAUCAACAAGGACAGAAACUACAGGCGGUGGAGUUGUUUCGUUUGAUGAUGCAAUCGGGAUUGAGGCCUAACCAAUUUUCACUCUCAACUGUUGUUAGCACUGCCACGGAUUUGGGUGAUCCACACUUUUGCAAAAGCAUUCAUGCUUGCAUUUGGAAAUUUCAUUUUGAGUCCAAUUUGUCAGUUAGCAAUGCUCUGAUCACCAUGUACAUGAAACUUGGUUUAGUUUAUGAUGGUCUAAAGGUUUUUUCUGCGAUGAGUCAAAAGGAUGUGGUUUCAUGGAAUGCACUUUUAUCUGGAUAUCAUGAUGGUGAAAGUUCUGAUCAAGGACCAAUGAUUUUUAAGAAGAUGCUUACAGAAGGCCUAAGGCCAAACCAGUACACUUUAAUAAGCACUUUGAGGUCUUGCACUAGCCAGCUAAAUGCUAGUUUUGGGAAGCAAGUGCAUGCCUAUGUACUUAAGAAUAACCUUUGUACUGAUGGUCAUGUAGGAAUUGCUCUGAUUGACAUGUACUCUAAGUGCAGAUGCCUGGAUGAUGUGGAGUUGAUUUUUAACAGAUUGAGUGAAAGGGACAUCUUUACUUGGACAGUUCUCAUUGCUGGUUAUGCUCAAACUGAUAAUCAAGGAGAGAAGGCCCUUGGCUUCUUCAAUCGGAUGCAUAGGGAUGGAGUCAAAGCUAACGAAUUUACUCUGGCCAGCUGCCUGAGUGCUUGCGCUGGGAUAGCAAGCCUUAUAAAUGGACAGCAGCUGCACUCCUGGACAAUUAAGUCUGGACAUUUUUGUGAUGUAUAUGUGGCCAGUGCACUGGUUGAUAUGUAUGGAAAAUGUGGUUGCAUAGAUGAUGCUGAAAUGAUAUUUAAGAGCAUAGAAACAGUUGAUACAGUGCUGUGGAACACAAUGAUAUGUGGACACUCCAAACACGGGCAGAAUGAAAAGGCUCUUCAGUCUUUCGGAGCCAUGUUGAAUAAAGAUGUGCAGCCUAAUAGGGUUAGUUUUAUUGGUGUCCUUUCUGCAUGCAGCCACAUGGGUUUGGUUGAAGAAGGAAAGAAGCAUUUCCACUUGAUGAGCGAAUUAUAUGGAAUUGCUCCUUCAGUUGAUCACUAUGCUUGUAUGGUUGAUAUCCUUGGCAGGGCAGGCAGGUUUAGCGAGCUGGAAAGCUUCAUUCAACAUAUGAAAAUAGCUCCAAAUACGUUAAUCUGGGAGACUGUUCUUGGGGCUUGUAAAAUUCAUGGAAAUGUAGAAAUGGGUGAAAAAGCUGCUCAAAAACUUUUCGAAAUUGAACCUGAUGAGGAUUCAAGUUAUAUAUGGUUGUCUAACAUAUAUGCAGCCAAAGGUAGGUGGAAUGAUGUCUCAAGAAUUAGAGCAUUAAUGUCGAGUAGAGGUGUUAAGAAGGAACCUGGUUGUAGCUGGGUGGAGGUCGAUGCCAAAACGCAUGUCUUUUUGUCUCAGGAUGCUUCACAUCCACGAUUAACUGAUAUUUAUCAAAAGUUGGAGGACCUGCAUCAAAGACUUCAGUCAAUUGGUUAUACUCCAAACACACAUUAUGUGCUUCAUAAUGUACCAGAUGCUGUUAAGAAAGAAAACCUCUUUCAUCAUAGCGAGAGGCUAGCUUUGGCUUUUGCACUUGUGAGCAAUGCCAAUGGUGGAAGAAUUAGAAUCUUUAAAAAUCUUCGUAUAUGUGGAGACUGCCAUGAGUUCAUGAAGGGUGUGUCUGACAUUACAAACAAGGAAAUUGUUAUUCGUGAUUCCAAACGCUUCCACCAUUUUCACAAUGGAAUUUGCUCUUGUAAGGAUUAUUGGUAAUUGUGACACCGAUGAAUGAAGUUGAAGUUGAAGUGCAUAAAAGCUUGUUGAACAAGACUCUGAAGGACAGUGCAAUUCAGAAUGUAAAACAAUUGAGCGAGCUUGUCAAGAGGUCAUGGGGUAUUCAGAUACUG